AUGAUCGAUAAUUUAGUUAUACUUAACUUGGAACAUUCCUUCCUAAUUGAUCCGAAAGUUUCACAACCCGAGACAAUUACAUAUUAUGAAACAAACACUGGUCUUUGGAAGACAUAUCAUGCCGAAACCUUUUCUUAUAGAAUGAUUGACAACUUAUAUCCAAUCCACCAAAUAGCCAAUCAAAUCAAUGUACUCCAAAGAAAAUUAGGAAACCUGAAUAACCAUAUUUCUAUUAUUAGUCCCCUGGCAAAUAGUCCCUUGAUCAAUGUCUUCUUCCAUGGGGAUCAGGAUUUUGUCUGUGUAUCUAGAGCUCGCAUAUUGCAACAAUAUAAUCAUAUCAAUUAUAAAUCCUUAACUAUCAAUGAAAUGGAAUUCAUGGCCAUCGACGAACAAUUCACUCAAGAAAUGACUAAGUUGUGUAACAGAUAUCAAGUGGAGAUUAUAAUCAACAAUAAUAAAAAUGCAUUUUCAAAUUCAGGGAAAACAUUAGAACAGGGCUAUGUAUUUCAUAUUGUGGGUCAACUGGAUAAUAUCACUAUUUGUGAGGCAUCCUUACGUAUCUUAAUUGAUACAAUUUUGAACAAUUAUGUUGCUGAAUCAAUAGAUAUUGAAUUAUCCAUGAUUCCAAUUGUUGGCGGAUUCGAUUUAUUUAACUUCAAUCAAAUUGCAAAACAGACCAAUUGUAACAUUUAUGUUCCUGAUUUACUACCUAAUUUGUUUAGUUCCAAAGUGGUAGGCAAUAACAAGGAUAUGAAAAUUUGGAUCACAAGUAAGAACGUCAGUGAGCUAGUGCUAGGUAAAUCUAUUUUAAGUAACUUGAUCGAAAGCGGACAACAACGGGAAUUAAUCACCAAGGAAAUUCAUAUGACUAAGGAUAAACUUGAUUCAAUGGUGUUAUAUAAUCAACAUGAUGUUUUAAACAUAAUGUUCAAAUAUGGCACUUUUAUACUUUUGCCCGGUUUAGGAGAAGAGGAAAAUUAUAUCAUUUCAGUUCAGGGUAAUUCAUUAGAAACACUCAAUGAAUGCAUCAAUGAAAUUAAUUUGAUUCCUUCCAAUUACUAUCGUCUUGAGAUCACAGGUAGUGAGGUUAUGGAUGAAUUUUCUAUAUUACAAUUAGUCCAGUUGAAGAAAACAUGUGUUGCAACCACCAACGCACAUGGUUUGGAAAUCAGUGGAUCUUGUGAAGAAAUCAGACAUAUCAUGAAACAAUUACCACCUCAAGCACAACUGACUAGUAUUAAAUUAAGAUUGGAAUUGAGCAACGGCCAACGUGAUUUUAUCAGUGGGAAAAAGAAUGGAAAACUACUCAAGAUAAUUAACGAGUUAAACAAAAUCCCACUGGUAAAAUUCUCAGCUUAUAAUGAAUAUAACUUUUAUCUUGAUGUUGAAGUAUCAAAUGGUUCAAAUGUUCCUAUUUUGAACAAAACACUUGAUUUGAUCGAGUUGGAAUUACCAGCUGAAUUGACUUUCAACGUACCAGAAGUGUUUCAUAAAUCAAUUAUUGGAAAUGGCGGAUCAAUCAUUCAAUCAAUUAUGAAGAAAUAUAAUGUCUUUAUAAAGUUUUCAUUCUCAAAUAAAAAUGCAAGCAAUGCUUAUUCACUUAAACGAACAAAUAAUGUUUUGAUCAAAUGUCCUCGGAAGAAUGCCAGGAAUAUUAGCUUGGCAAAAGAUGGAAUUGAUCAAAUGGUUGAAAAUUGUUGCAUGAAUAACAUUCCAUAUACUACAAGAAACACUACCGUCUAUCACACACUAAAAUUCCAAUUAUGGAGAAGUCAUUAUCUCAUGAUAAUCAAUAGUAACAAAAUAGGGCAAGUGAAUAAAAUGGAAUCGGAUUAUAGCUGCUUUAUUGAUUUUCCAGUUUCCAUAGGAGAUUUCAAGGAUUCUAAUGAAUUAAUUGUUGAUAUCAAAGGAGCUGAAUCUAAGGUUAACGCUUGUUGGAAGCAAUUGAAAACUAUUUUACCUAAUAAUUAUGAAUUUAGACUUACUUAUAGUCCUGGAAAAUUCGACGAAGUAUUCAAUAUCAACAAACAAGAAUUUGAAGAUAAAAUUCUGAUUCCAUUUAAAAUAUUGUUAGGAAUUGAAGUGUUAGUAAAUGAAGCAUCCAUCACUACCAACAAAACACAACUCCACAGGCAAGUUGAAGGAGAUCAUCAAAUUAUUUUAUGUUAUUUCGAUAACAACAAGACCAACUUGACACAGGCAAUCAGUUCGUUAACCACAUUCUUACGGGAAAAGGGGUUCUUAAUUUCUGAUAAAAAAGAGAUGGAGUUUGAUCCAUUGCUCACUGAAACACCUGUUGUCAAUUCACCUCCAAUACAAGAAGUCAACAUCUCCACCAAUCCAUUAAGAUCAGUUACAAAUAAUUUUGCAACGACAAAUGGGAAACUACCUGCCAAGACAUCCCAACAAAAAACUUGGUUGCCAAAUAAGAAACAAUACGUUGGUCAUCAAAAAAGUAUGAGUACUAAUUCAGCAACAUUUGUGCAUACUUCUGUAUAA